AUGACGGGGUCAAUUCUUCGAUAUCUGGCGGCGCCAAUUCUACGGCAGUCCAUGAGGCAGCCGCUAUCGCGACCAGCCAUUUCUCCCGUCCUCCCAGCCUUCCAGACGGCUUUCCGACCAGUCUUUCGCCCCUUUUCCUCAACACCUAUCCAGAAUGCGACACUGAUGCAGGUUCUUCGGGGUGGUGUUAAUGGACGAGCUACUAGCCGUAGCAAGUACGGCGCGAAGAAGCCCAAGAAGGCUACCGUCAGCUAA